AUGGCCCAACCGGCGAUAACAGAGGACUCACUACGGGCCGCUCUCACGGAGCGCCUCAAGGCGACUCAUGUCGAAAUCCAAGAUAUGUCUGGAGGCUGCGGCCAGGCAUUCACGUCGCUCGUGGUGUCGCCCGAGUUCGCAGGCAAGAAUUCGCUGAAGCGACAUCGGCUGGUGAACGCGGCUCUCAAGGAUGAGAUUGCCCAAAUACACGCAUGGAGUGCUAAGUGUCAGACGCCAGAGGAGUACGAAAAGGAGAUGGCAGAUACGGGCGGAAACGACAAGCCGCCACUGGACGGGACUGAGGGCGGGAAAGUGGCCGGUGUGAGCGAGUGA